GUUCAGCUCAGCUCACUGUAAAAAAUUAAUGGUGGAGCUGAAGCUCAGUGCCAGUGGAAGCUUCGUCUAGUGUUGCAUGAUUUCUUUGAAGGCCACAUAACCAGCUGUGUCUUCACGUCUCAUAGUGAGGUCUAUUACCUUUCCACCAGCGAGUUUUUAUUGAGUAUUUGCUAUUCCUGGUUCAAACGUUUGAAACAAUUGUGUGAAUGUAACGGAUUCCAGGCCCGAGCCUGUGUGCAAUUAUGAAGCGCUCAUUGCCGCCGCAGGUAGCUUCAGAAACCAGCGAAGCAGUGGCGAAGAAAGCUCGAAGCAUUGACGAGGAUUCUGGUUUGGAUGAUGCCGACUUACUGGCGGCUGUACCGAGCGAAACCGAGGCGGCCAUUCAGCUAGUCUCGGCCAGAUUCCCGUCAGCCGGUGUUCUAGGCGGUGCCAUGCCACCACUGGCUCUGAAGCACCAGCUCUACGCCGUGGUCAACGACAGGACGCUGGUCGAUCGACAGCUGGUUGAUUUGUCUCAACGAGGUGUUGUUCAGCAGUUCCACUUGACGACGGGACUCGAUGAGUACGCGGUCGUCUUCCAGAGUGACUACAAGCGACAUGUGCAGGGCUGCUGCGUGUCGACGGACACCGAAUCUGACAUAGGCAAGUUAGUGGACUCACUGCUGGAAGGUGUUCACGGCGAUGUGACGGUCAGCAAGGAGCUUCUGAAGGAAAGGUUGGAGUUCUCGGAGAGUGAUGUGACGUUACUAGUGAGCAGUGGCGUGCUGGUGAUGUGCAAUGUCAAUGCAUGGUACUUGGCCAUACCAAAUGCAAGUGUCUUCGUCAAGGCGCUCACUAAAGGUCGUCAGUUGAUUUUACGUUCUAUUCGGCAGCAGCGGCACAAGGAAAUACUUCAAUUGGAGCUGGAGCAGCGGCGUAUAUCUGGCAUUCGCCUGGGCAUCCUGUACCAUAUCUAUGACAUCAAGGGUGGAGACUAUGUCACAAGUGUGUCCACAACUUCUGGGGACCUCCUGAGGCUAGUUGAAGAUAAAAAGAAAACAAGGAGAUGAUGAAGACUGCAGUCCAUGCUUUUCCUGCUCUCUCUCCUCUCUCUCUCUCCCCCCCCCCCCCCCCCCCCCCCUCUCUCUCUCUCUCCUCUCCCCCUGUCCUUGCUGCAUAAAACUAAUAAUGACUGUCUGUAGGUAGGGUUUUGGUUUUAGGGAUUUCGUUUUCCACCUGGGCAUUUAUUAUUACCGCACACAUGAAUUUCUAAAUACCAUAUGCUGCACGCACACAACACACAUCUGAAGGUUGCGUGUAUAUCGCAGGUCAAGUUGAAUAAGUUAUACUGAGCAUUCAAGUGGUGUACACACAGCAUUAGCAAGUAGGUUUGAAGUAAUAAUAGUUGAGGCAUAUCCUCUCCCUUCUUUAGGACAGAACUAUUCACGGCGCCAGCGCAAACAUAUUUCGUAACUUAUGAUAACGGAGAAGAAAGAUGAGUCAAUUGAAUCAAAACACGUAUCAAACAAAUUUAAAAGAAGGAUAUAUAGGAUUUGAUAAUGCCGUUCUGUAUGUUCUUAUUAUGUGAUCGGUAAAAUAUAUCUCGGCUGAUAUGCAUGCACACAUUUUCCUCAUUUCCCUGGCUCCUUACAUAGUUCAUUUGUCAUGCUAUACUUCUUCAGAUUUUCCUUUCUACAACAUUACCAAUUUAUUGAACAUGCCUUUCUUAUCUGUCA